AAUUAACGCUGGAUCACUUGGAACCACCAAAACAAUUCAAGUUUGUCCCUAGUCACAGGACAAAGCUAUUUGUGGCUCACCUUCUCUUUACACCAUAAAUAUUGAUUGUCACUCACCAAACAAUCAACAAGAAAACCAAAUCAACUAUAUUAACCAGACACUCCUCCUACUCUCUUCUUCUCUCUGCAUUUUGAGUCUUGAGAGUUUUCAUUUUCUAACAUGGCUGCUACUGGAGUGCUUGCCGAGAUUUUAGACGGAGAUGUAUACAAAUAUUAUGCUGAUGGAGAAUGGAAGAAAUCUACCUCUGGAAAAAGUGUUGCUAUCAUCAACCCUACUACAAGAAAGCCUCAAUACAAAGUUCAAGCUUGUUCACAAGAGGAAGUUAAUAAGGUUAUGGAUUCAGCAAAAGCAGCACAAAAGUCAUGGGCAAAGACUCCACUUUGGAAGAGGGCUGAACUUCUUCACAAGGCAGCUGCAAUCCUCAAAGAACACAAAGCUGCAAUUGCAGAAUGCUUAGUCAAAGAAAUAGCAAAGCCAGCGAAAGAUGCAGUUACAGAGGUUGUAAGAUCUGGUGAUUUGGUUUCUUACUGUGCUGAAGAAGGAGUAAGGAUUCUUGGAGAGGGAAAGUUUCUGGUUUCAGAUAGCUUUCCGGGAAAUGAAAGGACCAAAUAUUGCCUCACUUCCAAGAUCCCAUUAGGAGUGAUCUUAGCCAUUCCACCUUUUAACUAUCCUGUCAAUCUUGCUGUCUCAAAAAUUGCUCCUGCACUCAUUGCUGGAAAUUCUAUUGUGCUCAAGCCUCCAACUCAGGGAGCUGUUGCAGCUCUUCACAUGGUUUAUUGCUUUCACUUGGCUGGUUUUCCCAAAGGUCUAAUCAGCUGUGUUACUGGCAAAGGCUCAGAAAUUGGUGACUUCCUUACAAUGCAUCCAGGAGUGAACUGUAUAAGCUUCACUGGUGGAGAUACCGGCAUUGCAAUUUCAAAGAAGGCAGGCAUGAUUCCGUUACAAAUGGAAUUGGGAGGAAAAGAUGCUUGCAUUGUACUUGAAGAUGCUGACCUUGAUUUGGUUGCUGCAAACAUUAUAAAAGGAGGUUUUUCAUACAGUGGUCAGAGGUGUACUGCUGUUAAGGUUGUCUUGGUAAUAGAAUCAGUUGCUGAUACUUUGGUUGAGAAAGUGAAGGCUAAGGUGGCAAAACUAAGCGUUGGACCACCUGAGGAUGACUGUGAUAUCACCCCAGUUGUAUCAGAAUCAUCAGCUAAUUUCAUUGAAGGCUUGGUGAAUGAUGCUAAGCAGAAAGGAGCAACAUUCUGCCAAGAAUACAAGAGAGAAGGGAAUCUUAUUUGGCCUUUGUUAUUGGAUAAUGUUAGGCCAGACAUGAGAAUUGCUUGGGAGGAGCCAUUUGGACCAGUUUUGCCUGUAAUUAGGAUCAAUUCUGUUGAAGAAGGCAUCCACCAUUGUAAUGCUAGUAACUUUGGACUUCAGGGAUGUGUGUUCACAAAGGAUAUCAACAAAGCAAUGAUGAUUAGUGAUGCAAUGGAAUCAGGAACAGUUCAGAUAAAUUCUGCCCCAGCUCGUGGGCCAGAUCAUUUUCCCUUUCAGGGUAUAAAAGACAGUGGAAUUGGAUCACAAGGAAUUACCAACAGCAUAAACAUGAUGACAAAAAUCAAAACUACCGUGAUAAACUUGCCAAGCCCUUCUUAUACCAUGGGCUAAUAAUAGCAUAUUUUUAUGUAUGUGUGGAAAAAAAUCAAUUUACUCUUAGCUCCUCCAUAAGUCAUAGUGAGCUGACAAACCACAUGAGCUAAGCAUUGUAUUCAGAAUCAGAGAUAAAUAACAAUUGUGGCUAUGUGGUAGAUAGUUCUGUCACAUAGCUACUUCAUGUGUC